AGCUUUGCAUCCUCCCCACAACCACAGCAAACACUGAGCGGUCCGCGGAGCGCAGCGCACGCAGCGGACUAUCCUCAAGACGGUAAACUAAAGGACAACGGGAGUGAAGAGCAGGAAAGUGCGGCUGGUAAACUUUGGAAAGAAGUGAAGCGCAUCUUCAUUCUGGUGGAUACAUCUACAGAUUGCAGAGAAUACAGAAAUCUCCUCAGCCAUGCAGCACUACGGGGUGAACGGCUACUCUCUGCACGCCAUGAAUUCCCUGAGUGCUAUGUACAACCUUCACCAACAGGCGGCGCAGCAAGCGCAGCAUGCACCUGACUACAGGCCCUCAGUGCAUGCCUUAACUCUUGCAGAGAGACUUGCAGGUUGUACAUUUCAAGACAUUAUCCUUGAGGCCCGCUAUGGCUCCCAACACAGAAAACAGCGACGCAGUCGUACAGCCUUCACUGCUCAGCAGCUGGAGGCCCUGGAGAAGACCUUCCAGAAGACACACUACCCUGAUGUAGUUAUGCGGGAGCGCCUUGCCAUGUGCACCAACCUGCCUGAGGCCCGUGUGCAGGUCUGGUUCAAGAACCGUCGGGCCAAAUUUCGCAAGAAGCAGCGCAGCCUUCAAAAGGAACAACUACAGAAGCAGAAGGAAGCAUCAGGGGCUGCUGAUGGCUCACCAGAAGACUCUAAAACAGACCCCACAACAACUCCUAACUCAACCACUACUGUGGUUCCUGAGGUUUGCACUCCUCCACCUCCUCCUUCCUCCUCUUCAUCCUGUCAUUCAGAGUCAGAAAGGAUGGCCGCAGCACGGCCUCAGCCAGGAGAGUUGAGCGUGGAAGUCAACGUCACGUCCCCAGAGCCAUCGGACAGCGAGUCAGCAGCAGAAGAUAACGCUGAGCGAGAGGAGGAGGAAAUAAGCGGGGAAUCAAGGGUGAAACUCAGGGAGGAGGUGCAAGGAGAGGGGUCUGCCCAGAUGGGUAGCAGCUCUCCAGCCUGCAAAAGACUAAGCCCUACAUCAGACUCUCCAAUAAGCUCCCCUGCACUGCCAUCCUCCAGCAGUGUAACCAGUGGGUUAGUUCAGAGCAACUCCUACGCUUCAUCUCCCCUCAGCCUCUUUCGACUGCAGGAGCAGUUUCGACAGCACAUGGCAGCUACAAACAACCUUGUACACUACCCAUCAUUUGACAUGAGCACUCCCUCCUCCCUGCCCUACUUGGGUAUGAACGUCAACAUGCCUUCCCCACUGGGCUCGCUGCCAUGCCAAUCCUACUAUCAGACCCUAUCACAAGCCCAACAGGUGUGGAACAGCCCGCUGCUGCAGGCGGCACCAAGCAGCCUACCGGGAAGCCUCAACAGCAAAACCACAAGCAUUGAGAACCUGCGGCUGAGAGCAAAGCAGCACGCGGCCUCACUGGGACUGGACACGCUUCCUAACUGAACUCUGGCUCUAUUUUAGGCCAGCAAACCUACUUUACUCUCAACAUCUCAAAGCAACUUUAUGUAUCCAUGCAAAUUUCUGGCAGAAGUCCAAGAACCCAUCACUGUAAUCAUCAGUUAUAUCACAAGACUGUUGGGUGACCAAAUAUUUGAUGUCCAUCCAAAAUGAGAGAUAAAAUUUUGCUGAAUAGCAAAUGCUAAUGUUUAAUUUUAAUUAUGAAAGCCAUGGUUCAAUGGUGAACAGGAGUUAAAGGCCCUUCGAAGCUUUUAGACAACAGAAACUGUGUUAACACACAAAGUUAACACUUAGGAGAACCUACCUGAAUAUGGAUUGUCAACACACACUUUACUGAUUCCUUGUUAUCGUCAUCAGAUAAGAAGAAUCACCCCAAACUAAAAGAAACUUUGACUUAAGGGAUAACAACCAUAAGCAUCUUGACUGCAGUUGCCAUGGAAGGCUCUGGAUCAUUCAUGGAUGUUCUUCAAAUGAAGUCCAGCAAUAUUAGUUGGUGCUCACUUCUCCAAAUGCUCAUCGGCGAUUAAAAUAUAGUUUAAACCUAUUCAUUAAACUUUAAAUGUGCAUGCAUGAGCUCCUCUGGAGCAUGGCUUUUAAGCCACCCAACAAAGCUAUCAUGAGAGCAGAAAGAGACCAGAUGCCACAUACAGUAUGCAGGUCUAAUAACUCACAAUGACCUCCAUGUUCAAAGGUACGAUUCUUAGCUCGGACUAAAUGGUGUUGUAAAUAUCCCCCAAUGCUCAGCUCCACCUGACUUGUUUCAAAGCAAACCAAUUCAACUUUGUGCAUGAGGUUUGAGUGGGAAAAAAAAUCUGUUUAACCUCCAGCAAUGGCUUUAACCACAGAAAUGAAGUACUGGGCAAAAGAAACUGCUGUUGCCAACAUUUUUGCGCUUGCCACUGGCUUGAGCAGAAAGAAAGAUAUUGCUAAAUCUCUGUAUGAUAUAUCACUGUAGAUUAAAGACCUGUAUUUGUCAAUUUGGUUAAGAUAUGAAUAAUUUAUCUGUUUAAUGCAAGAGAAUAAAUUGUAAAUGAAGUGUUAACUGUG